AUGACUGACCACGAACCUGUACAGAUUGAGCCCGACAACUUUCGCGAUGGUAUUAUCAUUGGUGGAGGUACUUGUGGAUUAGCAGUGGCAGCUCGCUUGUGCGAAAACCACCCGGGUUCACUUUUCACCGAGGAUGAACAUCAACGAUUCCAUUGGUUGAAACAACGCGGGCACAAGACCAACAAAGUUAAAAGUAAGCAAAGAUUCGACUAUGAUAGGUUCCACCCUAAGGAUCUAUUGGUUAUUGACACAAGGAAUAACAUGUUUAUGGCACAGUGGGAUUCACAGUUCAGUGCUUGCCAGAUUCCUCAUUUGAGAUCUCCGAUGUUUUUCCACGUUGAUCCUAGUGAUAUUGAUGGGAUGAUUAGUUAUGCCCAUUUGAAUAAACGUGAAAAGGAGUUAAUGGAAAUCACCAAUGUAGUGGGUAAAGAAUUUUCAAAACAUCAACAGAAGAGGCUUAAACUGAAGUUGAAACUGACAGAUGGUAUCGUUGAUAUCAAUAUGCGUGAUUGGAAGGAUUAUUAUAGGCCGUCUACAAAGUUGUUUCAUGAUUAUUGUAUGGAAGUGGUUGAGCGGUAUCGGCUACAGGACGGUAUCGUAAAUGAUGAAGUAGAGAGUAUUGAGCACCGAUUGAUUCAAAGUGGAGAUGAUUUAGGCAAAGGCUUUGUUAUUCGCACAAAGUCCGGUAAAAUAUACGGAUGCAAAUUUGCCGUCGUUGCGAGUGGCCAUAGAGGUAAAAUCAACUAUCCUCUUUCCAUUUGUCCUGAUCCGCAUUUCCCUAACGGCUCAUGUCAUACAACACAUUUGUUUUCGAAGCAAGUCCAGUUUCUUGAUCUGCAAUACUUUAGUAAUCCCGAUCGCAAAAACAUUGUAAUUAUAGGAGGUGGCUUGACUUCGGCCCAGUUAGCUCAUGUUGCCUGCCAGGAUCCCACAGUUUCUAGCGUACAUCUAGUAUUCCGCUCUGGCAUCAAGAUCAAACACUUUGACUUCCAUCUUGACUGGGUGGCAAAGUACAAAAAUGUAAAGAAAUCCGCUUUUUACAAUUUAGGUACAAAUGAGUUAAAGUAUGAGAUGAUGAAUGAAGCAAGAGAAGGUGGAUCGAUCAAUCCAGAAUACUACAAGAAACUAAAGCAACACGUGAAGAAUGGACGCUUAAAUUGGAUGACAGAAACACAAGUGGUUGAGCAAGGAUGGGAAAAUGGAUCAUGGGAGUUACUGUUAAGGAAGCAAAAUAGUGAAGCAAAAAGGUUGAGCAAGAUCGAUUACGUCUACUAUGCUACCGGCAUUCAAGCUGAUGUUGAAUCUUUGCCAUUUUUGCAUACCAUGUUUGAUGAAUUCCCAAUUGACGUUUGUAAUGGGUAUCCUUCCCUCACGGACAACUUGCAGUGGAACAAAGAAAUUCCCUUGUAUAUGGUGGGUAAAAACGCCGCUUUACAAGUCGGCCCCACUUCAGCAAAUCUUGAUGGAGCCAGACUUGGAGCUGAAAGAAUUGGAUGGCACUUGCAGAAUAUGAAGUUGCAGGGGGAGUUUGAUUGGUCACCAGUUUCCGUCAUCACCAACAACGACGGCAGAUCUAGCACAUUCGAUAAACGUCUACAAUUAGCUGGUGGGCUGAUCAACUGGUUCGAGCUUCUCGAGUUUGAAAAAAUAAACUAA